GCCCCUGAGGUAAGGGAGGAGGGCAGCGGAGCGCGCGCAGUGCUGGAGCCGGCCAGGAGCGGCUGAGUGGAGCGCAGGGCGGCGGCGCGAUGGCUCCUGCCGGGGACCGCAAGGGCUACUGGGGCCCCACGACCUCCACUUUGGACUGGUGCGAGGAGAACUACGCAGUGACCCAGUUCAUCGCCGAGUUUUGGAAUACAGUGAGUAACUUGAUUAUGAUCAUACCUCCAAUUUUUGGUGGAAUUCAGAGCAUUAGAGAUGGACUGGAGAAGCGGUAUGUUGCUGCUUAUCUAGCACUCACAGUGGUAGGAAUGGGAUCCUGGUGCUUCCACAUGACUCUGAAAUAUGAAAUGCAGCUCUUGGAUGAACUCCCAAUGAUCUACAGCUGCUGCAUAUUUGUAUACUGCAUGUUUGAAUGUUUCAAGAUGAAGAACUCAGUAAACUACCAUCUGCUGUUUACCCUAGUUCUAUUCAGUUUAAUAGUAACCACAGUUUACCUAAAGGUGAAAGAACCUAUAUUCCAUCAGGUCAUGUAUGGAAUGUUGGUCUUUACAUUAGUACUUCGAUCUAUUUAUAUUGUUACAUGGGUUUAUCCAUGGCUUAGAGGACUUGGUUAUACAUCCUUGGCUAUCUUUUUAUUGGGGUUUUUAUUAUGGAAUGUAGAUAACAUCUUUUGUGACUCACUGAGGAGCUUUCGAAAGAAGGUGCCACCCAUCCUAGGUGUUGCCACACAGUUUCAUGCAUGGUGGCAUAUUUUAACUGGCCUCGGUUCUUAUCUUCAUAUCCUUUUCAGUUUAUACACAAGAACACUUUACCUGAGAUACAGGCCAAAAGUGAAGUUUCUCUUUGGAAUCUGGCCAGUGAUCAUGUUUGAACCUCUGAGGAAGCACUGAUGAAUUAUUCCACCAAGAAAAGAAAAAACACCUACUAUAGGCCUGGCAAGAUGACCAAGAAAUUUCUAAAGACUUGCACAUUUAAAGCCACUAUGCUCAUCACAGCAGACGUGACACAACCACAGAGAUGAGGAACCAGCCUGUUAGGUGUUUAGCUCCUGACUUUAUCUCAUUUGCCCUCAUCUUAAAGUGCUUAUAAAGAAAUGGAUAUAAUGUAUAUUUAUAUUCUAGAGUAGUAGAGAAAUUGGGCUUUUCUUUACAGGUUAACAGUUUGUGCUUGCCAUGGGCAAUUUUUUUUUUCUUUUUCUUUUGACAAGGGUUACAUGUUAACUCUACCUUUUUAAGCAUUUUAUUAAAUAAUGAACACAGUCAUUAAGAACUGGCAGACCCCCAUAUCCAGAUGGUUAGCUGAGCCAGCAUUUAGCUGUGUCAGCUUUGAUUUACAUUAUUAUCCUAUUAACUUCACAAUGCUUUUCUAAGAUUAAAAAAAAAAAAAAACUGGCUGUGAGAUUCUAGAUAGCAGUUCACUCUCUUGCCUUGGUGCUAGUUGGAGUUUCAUAAGCAAACUCAGACCUGUCACUGGGUUUUCUAUUUUGUCAUCUCCCAGGAUUUGCCUUGGGCUCUGUGGCCCAUAGCUAGUCAAAGAGAUGGUUCAUCUAGCAUCUUUCAGAGGCUCUCCCAGGGCACCUGGGAUGUGGCCCCUCUAGCCAGUUAAAGGCAGUUCUGCUUUCUUUGAUCUUUAAGUUGCUACUAUUUUGUGUUUGGCAAAUUUGACUGGUGGUGUAGCCUACCUGUAUUCUAUACUCCUAGCAUAAUUUAAGUGCAGUUAUCAGGGAAAGUUAUCAAAUUCUAAUUGCAUUAUAUAGUAUUUUACAGUUCUCAGAGGAGCCAUGGUUAUACCCAGGGAUGUGUGUCAGGUAAACUAGAGGUAAAGUGGUCAGGACUUUAAAAAAAAAAAAAAAAAUGGUCAUAACUAUUGUGCAAAAAGCUUACUAAAAAGAUUUGCUCCUUCAUUUUCUGAGGAAAAGAAAGAUGGGUUCAAAUAGUGCUGACUUAUAACUUGCCAGCAUCCAAAACUUAAAAUACUAAGUAAUGGCAGUAAAAUCUCAUUGUGAGGCAGAUGGUUCUAAUUUAGAUUUGAAUAUCUAAGGAAUUGAA